AUGGAGUCAUUUAAUCAGUGCAGGCGAGGAAUCACUAUAUUUGACCGCGUCCUGCGUUUCUAUAGAACAUUUGAUGCUAUCGCAGCUUCACCUGCUAUUGUUUCCUCAAUAAUUAUGAUAUUCAGCGGGGUUCAGGACCAUCAGAAGACUGCUAUAAUCCAAAUAGCAGCAGCAUUACUUGCUAGCUCUGUGGUAAUGAGUUUAAUCGCUAUAACACUCGCUAAGAUGCUCCUGUUCAGGUUCGAGGGCCAUCAACACUCGACUGAGAGAGAAUCAGCAAUUCUAUGGAUUCCAACUAUUUUAGUCGAUAUCAGUAUUAUCGAGGUUCUCGCUGGUCUCGUUUUCUGGAUUGCGGAUAGUUAUCCCAUCUGGGUUACUCUAUUGAUUGGUGUGGAGGCUCUCGCACUCUUGGUCGGCCUAAUAGCUCUGGCUUGGAAGAUGUGGGCAGAAGGGCUCGCACUGCGGCCAUCCAAUCUCGAUAAGUCUGGAGCUUAG